UUGGUGUCUAAUGCCAGCUUAUGUGAAACUAAUCAAAAGAAGACUAAUUUAUGAAAUAAUAUAGUUGAAAAAAAAUAAGGAUCAAAUCCUAAUUCCUCUUACCAACCAAUUUGUGCUACACAAAUCUCAAUUAAAGUGCUAAGAUUGGUUAGUUUCAAAGCUUUUUGCAAGACUCAUAUUCAAAGCAUUGUUUAUGUUUUGAAAUGAUUUGGAGUGAAAAUUCUGUAGUCUCUUCCUUUCCGGUGCCAUCUUAAAAGCUUUCUACUUUUGCGUUCAGAUCUCAUGUUGUUUUUAUUUGGUUCCUUGUGAUCAAGCAAGACGUGAUGAUCCAUCCUAUUUGAAGUUGAGGAGUCGAGGAAUCAACUCACCACUUGCUUGAGACUCUACUUGGAUUGAUGAAUUGUGAUAAAAAAUGAUAAAUUCCCCAGGUCUAAGCCACUAUGUUUGAUCUCAAGUGAUGAGGAGUUUGAAUAGUAUGUCAUAGGUUUCGGGUUCGAUUGACAUCUCAUUGUAAACCAAGAUACUCCCUUCGUCUCAAAAUUAUUGUCACUAUUUAACUGUGUGCAAUAUUCAUACAAGAAAAAAGAUGUAGUUGAUAUGGAUAUCUAAAUAGCUCAGUGAAGUCAGCAAUGCACAAUGAUUCCUCUAACCUUAUUUCAAUUUGUAAAAUCAAUUCCUGGAAUAGAAUGGCUGAAGGAACAACUGAUUCAGCUGAAACUAUACGAGGAAAGACUUGGGGAACUAGAAGGUGCUGUUGAUGUGCUCAAAAAAGAGCUCGAGUCAGUUAUAAAUAGAGUUAAUGAGGAAGAAAAUCGAUACGGGAAAGUAAGGACCGCCAAAGUUAAAGCAUGGAUAGAAGGAGUAGAUGUUAUAAUUUCUGAGUACAACGAGUUCAUUGAGGACAAAUGCGUUGACGAACUUGCUGUGCUAAAUUUUUUUACAACUGGUUACCUUCCCAAGCCAGGGAUAAGGUAUUGCCGAAGCAGAAGAGCAUAUAAUAUUAUAACGAAAGUCAAUGUAAAAAAAAAUACGGCUGAGUUUGAUAAAUAUGCUGAAGGGUCUGGUCCACCCUCGAAGGCUUCCUUUUUACUUACCGAUAAUUAUGAAAACUUUCCAUCACGAGAUGAAAUUGUGAAAAAACUCAAGGCAGCAUUGGGAAACCCCAAUGUUAAAAUGAUUGGGCUUCACGGGUUAAAAGGUGUGGGCAAGAGUACAAUGGUAAAAGAACUUGCUAAGGAGGUAGAAGUUAAUCAGAAUUUUGUAAUGACCAUGGCAAACUUGGAAGGAAAUCCUGGCAUAAGACAAACACAAGGGGAAAUUGCUGGCUGGUUGGGGAUCACAUUAGUCCAUGAAAGUGACAGUGCAAGAGCUACUCAAUUAGAAGAUCAUUUGAAGAAGAAGAACGCACUUGUAAUACUAGAUCAUCUUUGUGCUAAUUUGGACUUCAAAUUGCUGGGGAUACCAUCUUUAAAUGAUAACUUGAAUAAUGUCGAAAAAGGAAAACCCUCCGGGCAGCAUAGUAUGGUGGAAAUAGAAGAAACUAUUCUUGACUGUUACAAAAUGUGCAAAGUUUUGCUAAUUUCAGAAAGCAAGCAACUAUUAAGUCAAAUGGGUGUAAAUGAGACCAAUAUUUUCACUAUGGAUGUCUUAAAGGAUGAGGAAGCAGAAAUGUUUUUCAAGAAAAAAGCUGGAGUAGGUGAUGGAGAGUCUGAAUUCAACAUAUUAGCCGCUCAAAUUGCCAACAAAUGUAACGGGUUGCCAUCAUCACUAGUUGAAUCUGCAAAGGGAUUAGUAAAGCAAAAAAGUCUUUCAGCAUGGACUAAUGCUCUGGAGAAUCUUGAACGGCAAAUGUCAACAGGAGUGCCUGAGUUUUCUACAAAGUUGAGUUUUGAACUUUUAGAUGAGGAACUCAAGAAUAUUUUCUUACUCUGUGCUUACAUGGGUCCAGAUUUAUUAAUUAUGGAAUUGGUAAAACACUGCAUUGGUCUGGAUUAUCUUCAAGGAACUUACAAAGAAAGCGAUCCUAGAGACAAAGUGCGUGAAUUGGUCAGAAAGCUGAAAUUGGUCGGUUUGUUGUCUGACAAUCAUUCAAGUGAUCAUGUCACCAUGCAAGCCAUUGUUCGCAGUGCGGCUUUAUCAAUAGCAUCUGAUACAAAGGAGAAGCAUAUAUUUACAAUGACAAAGGAGCCAUUUCAUAAAUGGCCUGAUGAAGAUAAACUUAAUAAGUUAGCUGUUAUUUCCUUGCGUCAUUGUGAUAUCUGUGACGGGUUUCUUAAAAGAAUAAAUUGCCCGAGGCUUAGAGUCUUCCGUGUUGACAAUAAUAAUCCUCUUUUGGAGAUACCAACAAACUUUUUUGAAGGAAUGAAAGAACUCAGAGUUUUGAUAUUAACCGGCAUUCAUCUAUCACCCUCAGAUUCAUCAAUUGCAUCCCUCAACAAACUCAGAAUGCUCUGUUUGGAACAAUGCAUUCUAGAUAAGGAUUUAUCCUUCAUAGGUAAUUUGAAAGAGCUAAUAAUUCUUAGCUUUUCAGGAUCUGAUAUUGAAAAAUUGCCUGUGGAAUUGAAACAAGUAAAAAAGCUUCAAGUCUUUGAUAUAAGCAAUUGCUGCAAACUUAAAGAAAUUCCACCCAAUGUUAUAUCAAGUUUGACUGAUUUGAAAGAAUUGUAUAUGAGAAACACUUUUAUUCAAUGGAAGCCUAUAGGACAGACACAUCCUGAUGGAAUUGCUUGUCUUUCUGAGUUUAGACGAUUGAUUCACAAUCAGUUGACAACUCUAGACAUACAAAUCCCAGUCGUGUCCUGUGUGCCAAAGGACUUGUUCUUUAACAAAUUGAAUAGGUAUAAGAUUGUUGUCGGUGAUGUGAAUGCAUAUUUCGAGACGGAUUCCAACAUGCCAGAGAAGUAUGAAGCAUCGAGAUAUUUGGCAAUACAGUUGAAAAGUGGCUUUGACAUUCAUUUUCAAGAGGGGAUCAAAGGGUUGUUUGGAGAAGUUGAAAAUUUGUUUAUUGAAGAACUGAAUGGUGUCCAAGAUAUUUUUUACAAUUUGAAUUGGAAAGGAUUUCUAUCUCUAAAACAUUUGUUGAUUGUCAACAAUUCCGAAAUUCAGUCCCUCAUCAAUCCAAAGGACACACAACAUUCAAAGAAUAUUUUUCCUAAAUUGGAGUCGUUGCAUCUGUAUAAUCUCAAGAACAUUGAUGAAAUAUGCUCCUGCAAACUUUCAGCACCCUCUUUUGCUAACUUGAAAGUCAUUAAGAUUAAUCUAUGUGCUAAACUGAACAAGGUCUUCUUAUUUUCUGUGAUUAGUCUUUUAACUGUUCUUGAAACAAUUGAAGUUUCUAAAUGCAACACUUUGAAGGAGAUCGUUGCUUUGGAAGCACAAAGUAAUCCUACAGAAAUUAUGUUUCUGAACUUUCCUGAAUUGCGCUCUUUGACUCUACUUAGUUUACCUGGAUUAAUUGGAUUCAACCACAUUCCAUCAACAGGAAAGAAAGCUACAGAACUCUUCCAUGAAAAGGUUGCAGUUCCAAAAUUAGAAAAAAUGGUUUUGUCCUCAAUCCAAAUUGGCAAAAUAUGGUGUGACCAACCUUCACAGUGUUUUCAAAAUUUGAUACACUUGGAUGUGAAUGGCUGUUGGAACUUAGAGUAUUUAAUAUCAUUUUCGAUGGCUGAGAGUCUUGUGCAUCUUGAAAGCCUUUCAGUAAGUGAAUGUGUGCAGAUGACAAACAUAUUUGAUCCCCAAGGGCAAGAGAGUCAUGCUAAAAUUAAGGAUUGCAUCUUUCCAAAUCUGAAGAACAUCAAACUAAGUAGCUUGAAUAGUUUGAUGGAGAUAUGGAAUUCUGGACUCCCUUCAAAUUCCUUUGGUAAACUGGAUGCUUUGGUCAUCGAGGAGUGUGACAAAUUUGACAAUGUUUUUCCAUUUUACAUGGCAGGGAUAUUUAAGAGUCUACAGGUCUUGAGGGUUACUAAUUGCAAGUCAAUGACGGCAAUAUUUGAUCUAGAUGAUAAAAGAGGAGAUGCUGGGGAUGUAGUCAACUUGCGAGAUGUUCAUUUAGAAACACUCCCUAAAUUGGAGGAUGUAUGGAAAUGGAACAAACACCAGGACAGGAUUCUUAAAUUGAACUAUAUUCAAAACAUGUGGGUUAGUGAUUGUCAUGGAUUAGAAAAUAUAUUUCCAUUUUCCGAAGCCAAGAAUCUUAACAAACUUGAAUACCUUGUGGUACGUGAUUGCUCUAAUUUGAGAGAAAUUGUUGUCAACGGACAAGGUACCAACACUGCCAGCACAAGCAGUCCUAAUAUAUCAUUUGUGUUUCCUAAACUAACCACCAUCAACUUUUCGAAACUGCCAAAACUUAAGAGCUUUUAUCGAGGAUGUUAUGAAUUAAGUUGUCCAGCACUGAUCAACCUGUCUAUUGAAUUGUGUGACAAGGUGGAAUUAUUCUGUAAAGGAACCACAGAUGAAAAUCCAGUGCUAUAUCCUGAAGAGGUAAUCAAUAAGUUGAAAUCUAUGCAAAUUGAUGGUGAACCAAGUUGCAGCUACACGGGGAAAGGGAACUAUCAAGGGAAAAACUUUGAAGAGCUUCACUUAUGUAGAUUAAAGAAUACUGACAUGCUAUAUUCUUUCCUUUACAGUAGUCCCGAUCUGAAAAGCCUUUCUUUGAUUGAAUGCUUCUUUGAAGAGAUAGUGCCUCUUGAAAGGCCUCGUGAACAUCAAAACGCAGGGGUUGUUCCAAAUCUGAAAAGCUUGAAGUUAAUAGACUUGCCUAAUCUUGAGAAUAUAGGAUUUGAAAGGGGUGCAUUUAUUCAAAAGAUAGAGCUCUUGAUUUUAAAGAAUUGUCCUUCUUUAGUUAAUAUGAUACCUUCCUCGUUGUCUGACACAUUCUUGACACAUUUAGAAGUGGUUAAUUGCAACGGAUUGAAAACACUAAUGCCACUAUCAUCUGCAAAAAGCAUGGGUAAACUCAGAACCAUCAAGAUAAUCAAAUGUGAAUAUCUACAGGAAAUUGUAGAAAAUGAAGAUGAAGACCGUAACGUAGUUUUCAAACAAUUGAAAGUUCUAGAGCUUGUGUCACUAACGAGCCUCAAAAGUUUCUGCAGCUCAAAGACUUGUGUUUUCGUGUUCCCAUCAUUGGAGAAAUUAGUGGUUAGUGCAUGUCCCAAGAUGGAAAGCUUCUGUGACGUCAAGAUCACACCACUUUUACAAAAAAUACAUGUUGUACCUGAAAAUGAAAAUCGAUGGUGCUGGAAAUAUAAUUUAAAUGCUACCAUAAAAUACAUAUUCAAGGAAAAGAAGUUUUUUGAAGGCAUGGACGAGAUCAAUGUUUCUGAACACCUUGAGCUCCAAGAGUGCCAGUAUGGUAACCCUUUUCAGCAAAGUAAUUGGUUUUAUAGUUUGAAAACUUUGAAGCUAAAAAACUGUAAUAACCAAUCAUGUGCAAUUCCUUCCAAUAUUCUUCUUACUUGCUUAAAGAGCUUAAACGAAUUGGAUGUAAGGGAUUGCCAGAGGUUAGAGGUAAUUUUUAAUUUCAGUGACGCUGAGAUUAUGGGAUCAACGUCACAACUGAAGAAGCUGACUUUAGAAAACCUACCUAGGUUGACACAUGUAUGGAAAAAGAAUCUUCAAGUGAGUCACAACUUUGAAAAUCUGCAACAAGUCAUUGUUAAAAAUUGUGAAAAUCUGGAAUCUCUGUUUCCUGUGGCCCUGGCUGAAAAUCUGUUGAAGCUCGAGAAACUUGAAAUAGGAUUCUGCUAUAAGAUGCUAGCAAUUGUUGGAAAAGAAACUUCUGGAAAGGAAGUGACAAAAAAAUUUGUGUACCCUUGUUUAACCAUCCUGACUCUUACUAGUUUGUCAAUUCUCACUUUCUUUUACCCUGGAUCAUUCACUCUGGAAUGCCCCGCCUUAUACAAUUUAUCAGUGUUCUAUUGUUCUAAGUUAAAGCUAUUUCAAAGUGAACAUCUGGAGGGUGAUACUGAAGGCAGUAGUACUUCAAUUUACAAACAUCCCGUUAUUUCGGAUCUGAGGGACAUUCCCAGCCUGAUGGAAUUGUCAGUUGAUUGGAAGGAUGCUUCAGCAUUAUGGUUCAGACUAUUUACAGAAAACCUCCCAUAUUUAGAUACACUUUUCCUGAAUUUGUAUGAUUUGAACAGUGAUAAUAAGCAGCCUGGUUUUCUCUUUGAAAUACUUGAGAAGACACUUAAUGUGAAGAAAUUGUACCUAUACUAUUGCAGUAGACCUGAGGUACUCCUGAAUCAAAAUCCCAACAUUGGUGAAGAGAUGAUGCUUGGACACUUGGAAGUGUUGUCAUUGAACCAUAUAACAAAUCUCAAAUUCGUUGGAUCAGAGGGAUCGUCAUUUUUAAACACAAUUUGUGAGAGGCUGCAUCAACUAAUUGUUUCCAAUUGUCCUGAUUUGACAAUAUUAUUAGUACAUCCUGGUUCUGCUGUAUCUUUCUCCUGUCUAAAAGAAUUGGAUAUUACAAAGUGUCAUGGCUUGAAUUAUUUAUUCACAUCUUCACUAGCAAUGAAGUUAACGCACCUUGAGAAAAUCAAAGUCAAGAAUUGUAAUACAAUGACAAGGAUAGUGGAACGAGACAACACUUUAGAAAGGCUCAAACUUGAGCAGCUAAGCUGUAUAGUUCUAAGUUCUUUAUCUAGCCUGGAAUGCUUUUAUUCCGGCAGUGAGACUUUGCAGUUACCGUCUCUGGCACAAGUGAACAUAAUGGAUUGCCCUCAGUUGAAAAUUUUCUCUCAAGGGUCGAUAGAUGCUGAAUCUAUUAAUUCAAUUAAAAUUGAUGGUGAUUUGAUUUCUUACGAUGAUCUUGACGUGUGUGUAGAAAUGAAGUUUCUGCAACAGGUCGAAAUAGAUCUUUUAGUUCUUGGUGAUUCCCUUCUGUUUCAAAAGAUAUGGCUUCGAUCAGUAGCAGUCCCAGAUUCUUUUCUCUGCAAUUUAACCUCUUUAAUCGUGGAAGGGUGCGGAUUUUUAUCAAAUGCAAUAAUACCAUCCCACUUACUUCAUUCCCUAAGUAACUUGGAAAAGCUGCAAGUGCGGAAAUGUAACCAUGCGAAGGCAAUUUUUGAUGAAACAAAAAUGAAUAAUACGGGACCUGCUUCUAAUCCCCUGUCCUUUCGUAUUAAAAUACUGAUUUUGGAACAGUUGCCAAUUCUGGAGCAUAUUUGGAAUCACGGUCCACAAGGAAGUCUUAGCCUUCCACUUCUGAAGAAAGUUAUAGUUGAUGGAUGUAAAGAGAUGAAAUACUUGUUUCCUGCAUCAGAAGUAAACAUGGAUCAACUAGAAACUCUUCAUGUGAAAAACUGUGAUAUGUUGGUGGAAAUUUGGAAUGAGGUUCAAAAAAGAAGUCUCAGCCUUCCGCUUCUGGAGGAAGUUAUAGUUGAUGGAUGUAAAGGGAUAAAAUACCUGUUUCCUGCAUCAGAAGUAAAAUUGGAUCAACUAGAAACUCUUCAUGUGAAAAACUGUGAUAUGUUGGUGGAAAUUUGGAAUGAGGUUCAAAAAGGAAGUCUCAGCCUUCCACUUCUGGAGAAAGUUAUAGUUGAUGGAUGUACAGGCUUAAAAAGUUUGUUUCCUGCAUCAGAAGUGAAAAUGGUUCGACUAAAAACUCUUCAUGUGAAAAACUGUGAUAUGUUGGUGGAAAUUGUUGCCAAAGAACAAAAUGAAAAGAUUUUCUCCAGUGUAACUUCUUUGAAGUUAUGGAAUUUGCCAAAUCUGUGGUGGAUGUAUUCCGGAAUGGACAUUCUAAAAUGGCCUAAGUUGGAAGAAUUGGAUAUUUUACGUUGUCAAAACAUUUUUCGAACUAAUCUCUCACUUGCAAAGGUUACUCCCAGCUUAAAGCUUUUGUCGUUUGGCAAGGAAGAAUUCACAAUGAUUAAUGAAAAAAAACUUGAUGUUAGCUGCGUUGAAUUAUACUCCCUCAAAUUGCAAUACUUCAGUGAUGAUAAAUCAGAUGUAUUUGAAUUCCUUUCCGAUUCAUGGAAACCACUCAGUAUGGAAAACCUUGUAGUUGUUUAUAGUGCCUUCAAAGAGAUAUUCUCCUCACUCCCAAAAUUUAAUCAAAGCUAUCGACUAAGGAGUCACUUCCUUUCAAAGCUUAGAGGAUUGGAGCUUCAGAAUUUGCAACGGCUUGUAUCCAUAGGGUUUGAGCAAUCCUGGAUGAAACCUUUUGUUGAAAAACUGGAAACCAUAUUUGUUAAGGAGUGUCAUUGUUUGACAAAUUUGACUCCAUCUGAUAAACAAGUUUCUUUCUCCCAUCUGACAGAGCUUAAGGUAGAGGAUUGUUGUCGAUUGGAAUACUUGUUUUCGUCCUCAACUGCCAAAACUUUGCAGGUACUAAAGAAGAUGCACGUAAGCAACUGUGAAUCAGUACAAAAUAUAGUGGCCACUGAAGAUGAAAAUAGUAUCACAUUCAGGCAGCUUCAGUUAUUGAGUCUCAAAUUGUUACCAAAACUUGAAAGCUUUUACUCGGGGAGUUCCAAAUUGAAUUUCCCAUCCUUGAAUGAAGUAUCGAUCACUGAAUGCCACAACAUGGAGGUUUUCUGUUCUGGUGAGGCAAUAACAGAGUGGUUGACGUUGACAAUAGAUGGAGUCUAUAUGCGAGGUGAUUUAAAUGACGUGAUCAAGAAAAGGUUUGAUGCCUGGUGAGAGAAAUUAAUAGCUACUGCGUUCAUAUUUGCUAGCCAUGAGUUGAGACCUAGUCUUUUUUUUCCAGCAGCAACAGAGCAGAAAUCAUUAUGGAAUGCUAUUGUCGAGCUUCGGUGCUACUCGAAGAAUGCUAGUUGAGAAGAAGUUGAUAACAUCAUGGCAUCAAAUAUGGACAAAUCAAGGGUUUUCUGUUGUUUGAGUGUGGUAAUCAUGAAUGAAGUUUACUUGUAUUGUGUGUUUCUCAUGUUAUAAGUGUGUUUAUUUGCUAAAUAAAGUUUUCCUGUAUAUAUACAGGAUCAGAGGUGUGUAUGGAUUUUAAUUUCCAAUAAGAAUGGUGUCUCAUCUAUAAAUUUGACAUUUAUUCCUAUAUGAGGCUUUGUAUUGUUUUCAAUGGUGUUAAUUAUAUGAAUAAAGCUGACAUGAUGUAUGUUGUAAAUGAAUUUGAAAUUUAACAAUGUGUGUUAUGUAUUCAUUAAUGAAGGUGACCUGUUGGAAAUUUUAUAUAUUUUAAAAGUUUUAA